AUAUAACCAACAAUUAAUUUGGACAAAAGUGAGAGAUAAAGUUAGAGAAAAAUGCCUGAAUAUUGUGUAACAGGUGGAACAGGGUUCAUAGCAGCUUAUUUAGUUAAAUCUUUGUUAGAAAAAGGUCAUACUGUAAGAACAACAGUGAGAAAUCCAGAGGAUGAUGGAAAAGUUGGAUUUCUAAAAAAGUUUAGUGGAGCUAAAGAAAGAUUAAAGAUUAUGAAAGCUGAUUUGUUGGUUGCUGGAAGUUUUGAUGAGGCUAUUCAUGGUGUUGAUGGAGUUUUUCAUACUGCUUCCCCUGUGCUCGUCCCUUAUGAUCAUAAUAUUCAGGAAACUUUGAUCAAUCCAUGUAUCAAUGGCACCAAGAAUGUUCUGAGCUCUUGCACAAACGUAAAAAGAGUAGUACUUACGUCGUCUUGCUCUUCAAUACGAUACCGAUACGAUGCUGAACAAGUUUCUCCUCUUAACGAGUCGCAUUGGAGCGAUCCGGACUAUUGCAAGCGCUACAAUCUAUGGUAUGCGUAUGCAAAGACUCUAGCUGAGGAAGAGGCUUGGAGAAUUGCAAAGGAGAAGGGGAUUGAUCUUGUUGUGGUUAACCCAUCUUUUGUUGUUGGUCCGUUGCUUGCACCACAGCCUACCAGUACUCUGCUCCUUAUACUUGCCAUGAUUAAAGGUUUGAGAAGCGAAUAUCCAAACACAGCCGUCGGAUUUGUGCACAUAGAUGAUGUAAUUUCCGCUCACAUUCUAGCAAUGGAGGAAAGUAAAGCAUCAGGCAGGCUAAUUUGCUCAAGCUCAGUAGCUCAUUGGUCACAAAUAAUAGAGAUGCUCAAGGCCAAAUAUCCCUCUUAUCCUUAUGAGAACAAAUGUAGCAGCCAAGAAGGAGACAACAAGCUUCAUAGCAUGGACACAACUAAGAUUUCUGAGUUAGGGUUCUCUCAUUUCAAAACAAUAGAACAGAUGUUUGAUGACUGCAUCAAAAGUUUUCAGGACAAGGAGUUUCUUUAAUUAAUUAAACCCUAAUACUGCAAAAAUAACAUCGAUCGAUCGCUUCGAUUAAAAACGAUAUUAUGUGUGUUUUUUGUUUUUGAUGUUUCUUCUGCAUUUGAUUGUAUCAACUGCUAUAAUAAUCAUUCAGAAACCUUUUGAAUUAAUUGGAUUAUACUUGUGCAAUAAUCUUUUAAUGUUAGGUUUGAUUCACUAA